GUGACCGGGGUGCGAGUCAGCUGAUGCCCGAGGGUUUGAAGCGGCACGACGAAGGAGCACGUCCGCCGUGACGGCGGCGGGCGCUGUGGCCCGGGCUGCUCCGCCGCGCGCGCUGGCGUCCGGCGCUCCCCGCCCGGAAUGGCAGCCCCCGUGGGCCGGCGCGGCUCAGAGACCGAGCACCUCCUGACUCCCAGCCUUGGGUAUGGGACCCAGGCAGGGGCUUCUCCAGCCCCUGCAACCUCUCUGGAAGAGGAAGACCUCCGCCGCCGUCUCAAGUACUUCUUCAUGAGUCCCUGUGACAAAUUUCGAGCCAAGGGUCGCAAGCCCUUUAAGCUGAUGCUGCAAGUGGUGAAGAUCCUGGUGGUCACAGUGCAGAUGAGGCUGCCGAGGCCCAGAGAGGUUAAUCCUUCCAACAGCUGCAUGAAGCAGGCACCUGUGAUCGAGUGUCCCCUUUCUGCAGAUGAUGACACUGAGCUCAUCCUGUUUGGGCUCAGCAACCAGGUGGCAGUGACAUUCCGAGAGGAGAACACCAUUGCCUUUCGCCACCUCUUCCUUCUGGGCUACUCUGAUGGGGCGGAUGACACCUUUGCAGCCUACACACGGGAGCAGCUCUACCAGGCCAUCUUCUACGCCGUGGACCAGUACCUGAUGCUUCCUAAUGUGUCGCUGGGCCACUAUGCAUAUGUGCGGGGCGGGGGUGGCCCCUGGGCCAAUGGCUCGGCCCUGGCCCUCUGCCAGCGAUACUACCACCGUGGCCAUGUGGACCCAGCCAAUGACUCCUUUGACAUCGACCCAAUGGUUGUCACUGAUUGCAUCCGGGUGGACCCCCCUGAGAGACCCCUUGUGCCCCCCAGUGAAGAUCUCUCCCUCUUGGACAGCAGCACCAGUUACAAGAACCUCACGCUCAAAUUCCACAAGCUGAUCAACGUUACCAUCUACUUCCAGUUGAAGACCAUCAACCUUCAAAGCUUGAUCAACAAUGAGAUCCCAGACUGCUACACCUUCAGCAUCCUGAUCACCUUUGACAACAGGGCAUACAGUGGGCGCAUCCCCAUCAGCCUGGAGACCCAAACCCACAUCCAGGAGUGUAAGCACCCCAGCGUCUUCGGGCACGGAGACAACAGCUUCCGGCUUCUGUUUGAUGUGAUCGUGAUCCUCACCUGCUCCUUCUCCUUCCUGCUGUGUGCCCGCUCCCUGCUCCGAGGCUUCCUGCUGCAGAAUGAGUUUGUGCGGUUCAUGUGGCAGCAGCGGGGACGGGCUGUCAGCUUGUGGGAGCGGCUGGAAUUUGUCAAUGGCUGGUACAUCCUGCUGGUCACCAGCGACGUGCUCACCAUCUCGGGCACCAUCAUGAAGAUUGGCAUUGAAGCCAAGAACUUGGCCAGCUACGACGUCUGCAGCAUCCUCCUGGGCACCUCAACACUUCUGGUCUGGGUUGGUGUUAUCCGCUACCUGACCUUCUUCCAUAAGUACAAUAUCCUCAUCGCCACGCUGCGGGUGGCCCUGCCCAGCGUCAUGCGCUUCUGCUGCUGUGUGGCUGUCAUCUACCUGGGCUAUUGCUUCUGCGGCUGGAUCGUGUUGGGGCCCUACCACGUGAAGUUCCGCUCGCUGUCCAUGGUGUCGGAGUGCCUCUUCUCGCUCAUCAAUGGGGAUGACAUGUUCGUGACGUUUGCAGCGAUGCAGGCCCAGCAGGGCCACAGCAGCCUGGUCUGGCUCUUCUCGCAGCUCUAUCUCUACUCCUUCAUCAGCCUUUUCAUCUACAUGGUGCUGAGCCUCUUCAUCGCGCUCAUCACCGGCGCCUAUGACACCAUCAAGCAGCACCCAGGCGCGGGCACGGAAGAGAGUGAGCUCCAGGCCUACAUCGCACAGUGCCAAGACAGCCCCACCUCUGGCAAGUUCCGCCGCGGGAGCGGCUCGACUUGCGGCCUGUGCUGCUGCUGCAGACACUGUCCCUCUUCCAGGGACGCCUCGGAGGAGCACUCGCUGCUGGUGAAUUGAUCUGGAGGACGACCACCACUGGACUUUAGCCUCAGGAGCCCGGACUGCGGAGAGCCUUGCCUAUUUAUUUUUGGGGUUUGCUUUUAAAGACUGGCUUCCUGUAGCACCCUGUAAGGGCGUGGGCCAGGGGGGUGGGCCAAGGGUAGACUGGGUGUUAAAUAAAACGGGAAACUAAA